GUGGACAUAGUUUUUCUGAAGGCAGGGGGACCAUUCGUUUCUUGUAACUCAUCUCUCCCUCCCAAUUAUUUCCGUCAUUAAUUGGGCUAAUUUAUUGUUUUGGGGGCGGGGGACAUGUGGGAAAUUAAGUGAACACACUGGAGGGUAGUGAUUUGGGCAUCACGCUUUGAUGGUUGAGGUCUGUCAUCGCUCACCGUGUAAAGAUGAGGCAAUUUUGAAGUUUGUCAAAGCAUGGUGAACAUGCAUCGAAAUUCAUAAUCAUUAUGUAGAGCUUAGCGUGCCUCUGCAUGGGGAUUCUCUCAGAGUUGGAUAUCGCUGCGAAGAGAAUCCAGGGCAUGUUUCGGAUAUCAAAAUAUUUCCGGAUUUCUGGAAGCGAGAGUGCAUCCGUGACCGCAGCCUUACCUGGAAUUUGCCCUAUUCUGGAGUACUGUGCCGCCCAAGGUGGAUUAAUGUCUUACCUCAUGUUUUUUACUCUGUUAUUGUAACACGAUUACAGUGUUGAUCAAUUAAGACCCAUUGAUUGGUAAUUGGAUUAAUGAAAUGGGUGGUUUAGGAUCAGUUCUUUCCCUUCGAUGAUCUGGAACGCUCUGGAUGAUGUUCUGUGGAUUCUUAAUCACACUGGAUUAAUAUUACCCAAUGACAAGGAUAUUUUAUCACUACAAAUUCUUUUCUCUCUUUUUUUCGGGAUUAUUUGUGGUGUUAGGGUUUUGCUGUUAAUUACAUGGGAGACUUCUGCCAUUGAUCAACAUGGUAGAAUGUGACAGAAACACAGUGAGCAAAUCUGUUUAUUUAUUCAUCACUUAUUUAUAGACCAUUUAAGUUCAUUUUUGCUUUUUUUCCCCUAAAUGUUGAAGAAAAAAAGAAUGGAUUUAAAGUAGUUAAUAUUUCUCCUGAAGAAUUAACUGAUUUUUGGAUCCAUAAAGUGGAUGGAGGGAUUGCUGUUGUGGGGUUGAAGACAUCUCGCUUUGGAUGUGAAAUAUCCCAGUGGAUUACAAAUCCCCAUGCAGGAUCUGGAAAUACAGCAGACUGUGGAUACAUUAUAGCUAAGAUGAAAGUCAUUUUUUUCCUAAUGGACUAUUCCAAUGCCAAUGGAUUAUUGAUCUUUUUUUCCAAACAUCAAUGAAGAUUCCACUGGGAUAUGUAAAACAUUGAUCGAACACCCAUGUUUUCUGAGUUGACUUGGAUUAUUAACAUCACAGCGGUUAGAACACUGGUACCUUGUUCUGAUGGGAUAUCUGGAAAGUGAACAGUUUUCAGUCGUAAGGAGUUGGCGGGAUAAGAUUAAAAUGUAUUUUUUAACUGCACUGAAGAUGGAUUUAAAGUCUCAGAGGCAUCAUGUAGAACAAUUUUACAUUUCAUAUUUUUAAAAAUCCACAGAUACAUUGAAACAGAUUCAAAGGACUAAUGAAAAUGAAGAACAGAAGUGAUGCUGUUUGAAGAACCAAAUGAUGGAUUUAUUAUGUUUUUGGACUUCUUUCUCCAGCCUGUUUUUGAUCUGAUGGGGAUCUUUGCACUGAAUCUGAGUUGGACAUUCUACCUCCUGACUUUUACCUCCAAAUGCUUUUCACAUAUCGAUAUUUUUUUUUUUUAAAUGCAUGGAAUUUUUUUUGGCCGAACUAUUCUGUUGGAUCCUCAAAGAUAAGGAUUACUUCGUUGGUUUUUUUUGUCUUACCAUUUUUUCAUUCUACAUUUUUAACCCCUUUUUUUGCUCACAAAGUUCUGUCUCCCUAAAUUGUAUUUGGAAUUGUAGGUCGGGUUACCGCUGUCUGAAAAGGGCUGCGGACAGUCGGGAGCGAUCUUAUGAUCACAGUUCCUAUGGACACCAUGAGCGUAGCAGCAGCAGCAACAGCAGUAGUUUUGAUCGCCAGCGUCACUAUGAGACUGAUUAUUACAGAGACUCUAGGGACCGGGCCCUCAGUGGAGCCAGCGGGAGUGCCAGUUCUGCCAGUGGCAGCAUUGGAGGUGGCUCAUCAGCAGCCAGUGUAGGUGUCGCAGGGAGCGUUGCAGGGAGCAGCAGUGCUGCUGGAAGCAGUAGCAGCACUGUCGGAGUGGGAAGUGGCGGCUCGACGCCGGGAGGCAUUGUCUACUAUGGUUCACGAAGCCGGAGCCCUAGUCGUUUUGAGACCACAGAGACUCGCUAUGAGCCCCGUGCCCGUGAAGCUUUCACACUCGCCAGUGUGGUCCAUCGGGAUUUAUACAGAGAAGAAAGAGGUAGGCGAGGAGAUAGGACAUACCACCACAGUCGCAGUCGAUCGCCACACUCCUCACACAAUCCAUCACCACAGAGGCUGGCGAGUCAGGCAGCGCGGCCGGCACGCUCCCGCAGUGGCUCAGGGUCCCGCAGUCGUUCCUCCAGCUCUGACUCCGUCAGCAGCACCAGCAGUAGUGGCAGUGGCAGUAGUGAUUCCAGCAGUAGCUCCAGUGAUCGAUCUCCAGCUCGAUCUGUUCAGUCAGCAGCUGUACCUGCCCCUUCUGCUCAACCCCUACCUUCACUGGACAAAGAUGAACCUCGCAAAAGUUUUGGUAUCAAAGUGCAGAACCUCCCUGUGCGCUCAACAGAUACAAGCCUGAAGGACGGCCUUUUCCAUGAAUUUAAGAAACAUGGCAAAGUCACAUCAGUUCAGAUUCAUGGUGCCUCUGAGGAACGAUAUGGAUUAGUGUUUUUUCGCCAGCAAGAAGACCAAGAAAAAGCUCUUAGCGCAUCUAAAGGGAAGCUGUUUUUUGGCAUGCAAAUUGAUGUCACUGCUUGGCAUGGCCCAGAAACCGAGAGUGAGAAUGAGUUCCGGCCUUUGGAUGAACGUAUAGAUGAGUUUCACCCCAAGGCUACAAGGACAUUAUUCAUAGGAAAUCUAGAGAAAACCACAACCUAUCAUGACCUGCUGAAUAUAUUUCAGCGUUUUGGAGAAAUUGUUGAUAUCGAUAUAAAAAAGGUAAAUGGUUCCCCACAAUAUGCCUUUCUCCAGUAUUGUGACAUAGCAAGUGUCUGCAAAGCAAUUAAGAAAAUGGAUGGUGAAUACCUUGGCAACAACAGGUUAAAGCUUGGUUUUGGCAAGAGUAUGCCUACUACAUGUGUAUGGUUGGAUGGCUUGUCCUCCAGUAUUACCGAACAGUAUCUAACAAGGCACUUUUGUCGUUACGGACAUGUUGUAAAGGUUGUGUUUGACCGACUGAAAGGAAUGGCUCUUAUCCUAUAUAAUAAUAUAGAGUAUGCGCAGGCCGCUGUCAAGGAAACAAAGGGUUGGAAAAUUGGAGGAAAUAAAAUAAAGGUUGACUUUGCCAACCAGGAAAGCCAGAUGGCUUUCUACCGUUCAAUGCAGGCAUCUGGACAAGACAUAAGAGAUUUCUAUGAAAUCAUAUCUGAACGAAGAGAUGAGCGCCGGCCGCCAUAUCAUGAGUUCACAGCUGAGCGGGCGUACUAUGAGAAUGUGCGUACCCCAGGUUCCUUCACAGAGGAUCCACGUCGAAAAUAUCCUGCCAGAAGUCGAGAGUUUUAUUCAGAAUGGGAUCCUUACCAGGGAGAUUACUAUGAUCCGCGAUACUAUGAUGACCCCCGUGAAUACAGGGAUUAUAGAGACCCAUAUGAGCAGGAUAUUCGAAAGUACAGCUACUUACAAAGAGAACGUGAGAGGGAAAGAGAGAGGUUUGAAACGGAUCAUGAACGUGACCAUGGUCGACGGACAAUUGAACACAAUCAAAGCCCAUCCCAUCCACGUCGUCCCACUAGCCCUGCUGCCUCCCCAUCCCUUUCCGAACGUCCUCCCAGUGACUCUGAACAUCAUGUUUACAGCCGCUCAUCUGAGCGAAGUGGCAGCUGCAGCUCACUUUCUCCACCACGAUUUGAAAAGCUAGAUAAAAUUCGUUUGGAGAGGCACAAUAGGAGUGAUAAAUCAGAGAAAGACAAAUCAGUCUUUGAGGCAGAUCGUGGAAAUGCAGGAGAAAAAGAAAGACGUGCUGGACGUAAGGAAAAAGGAGACAAGGACAGGACUGAGAAGCAGAAGUUGAGGAAAUCAAAACUUGCAUCCCCCACUGUUCCAUCGUCAGAGACGGAGCUUGAACUUGACAGGGACACUAGCCCAGAAGCUAGCUUAAGUUUGCGAGGUAAAGCCAGUAAAUCAUUCAUCAAAGACUACUCUGGAAAAGGAAAACUUGAUCUGCCACCUUGUGUUGUACAGCUGACAAGAGUAAAGGAGAAGGAAGGGAAAUUAAUAGAUGGUAUCCUCAGUGAGAAACAAAAAACAAAGGUUGGGAGUGAUCAUGUUCGUUCUCCAACCACCCCACCCUCAGUUGAUCACAAGAGUAUGCCUUUCCGCAUAGACGCUCAGGCUAGAGAUUUUUUUAAACACGGAAAACAUCUCAAGGAGAAGGGCUUGGCUAGUCAAGUUGAGGUUGUGGAUAAAGAGGGCAAAGUGAAAAACAAAAAAUACUUCAAAACUGAUCUUCAAUUUGACACCAGCUCGUCUGUGGAUGCUGACCGCUUGGCUGCACGAAAGAGGCGCUUUGAAGAAACAUCUGGAAAGGCUGAUAAUUUGAGGAGGAUAAGUCAGGAGGAGGAUGAAGGGAAGUUAAGGAGAUUUAUUGAUGUACCUUUGCUAAAAGACAUUGAUUAUGAUAAAAAGUUGCUACGAAAAGAAGCACACAAGAGAGAACAGAAAAUUAAGCCAGAGAGGAUGGUUACUGUUAGUACUCUAAAUGAAGAGCUAGACACUGUAAUGUCAGUUGGCCUCAGUCUAGACCUUCAGGCCCGACUUGGGGAACCAAUUGAGGAGGCAAUAGAUUCCUUAGAUAGUCUUGAUCAAAAGAUGGGUUCCUUUGGAGCUAAUAGUCAACCAAGUUUCAGUAUUGCGGUCUCUGAUGAUGGAAGUGUAGACAUGGAAUUUUCUAGAGACCAAGAACAGCAGCACUUAACUAGCUACAACGUACUCUCCUCAAGCCUGGAAAGAGAUUCUGAAAGCAAGGAAAGUUUGGUCUCGGACAUUGAUCAUUCACAGAGUUGCAGAAAACAAAUGGAGCAGAACCGUCGCCUACAGCAACAAUUGCUGGAGUGUGAUAAAUCUGAUAAAACUGAAAGCACACCCAGCACUGAUGCAGAAGACUUUGAGCAUCGAAGUCUUGUGCAUGAGUUAGGAAAACCACCGCAAGAUGUAACUGCCAAUUCACCACCCACCAAGCGAAAGAAGUUAGGAACAUUUGAAUUUGAUUUCGGCUCUAAAAGAGAGCGAGAUUAUCAGAGGUUUAGACGGAUAAAUGAUGAACCUGAAAGGAGACUUGCUUCACUUCCAGGGACACCCUUUUCUGAGGAGGAGAGAAAUGCAUCACAAUUGCUGGACAAACAGCCAGAUUCACCAUUGGCAAUGGACAAAAAUUGCUUGCAUUUUGAUGUAUCAAAAUACAAUAUUGGCAAAACAGAGCACCAAGGGCUUUUGCCACAUGCAGAGAUUUUGAAAGUGAAAGCAUCAGUGACAGAAGAGGAGUUCUGUUGGGAGAGCAAUAUUAGGCAGACCACACUGAGAGGAGAAAUGAGCUUCCCUACCAGUUUUGUUAAACGAGAAAGUAUCCGGAAACGCCCUGAAUGUGAAUUGGAGCCUGGGGAGGUUCAGUCAGACUCUGAUGAAGAUAGUGAAAGUAGGCACCUUUCACUAAAGCUGAACUCUUUCAAAAGAGAGCCUGAGGAGAAGCUUUCAGAUGUAAAGUCCUCUGAGUCUCUUGAAAAGAAUAAGUUCUAUGAAUUUGCAUUGGAUAAGACCAUAACGCCAGACACCAAAGCUCUACUCGAGCGUGCUAAGUCACUUUCUUCAUCUAGGGAAGAAAACUGGUCUUUCCUUGGCCAUGACUCAAAAUUCAAAAGCUUUCGAAAUAGCACUGACAAGGAGAAGUCUGAACCGACUCCAAGACCUAUUCCUUCUUGGUACAUGAAAAAAAAGAAAAUUCGCUCUGAUUCUGAUGGAAAGUUAGAUGCUAAAAAGGAAGAUGCCAAGCCUGAUGAACAAGAACGACAAGAGCUCUUUGCUUCACGCUUUCUUCAUAGCUCUAUAUUUGAACAGGACUCAAGACGACUUCAACACCUUGAGCAGAAAAGUAGCGACCCUGAAGUUAGAGUUUGGAGAGAGAGUAUUACAAAUGAUUCCAAAGGGGAGCAAGCUGGGGCAGGAGGAACGGACCUCUCUCAAGAACCAAGAGUACUUUUUCAUAGCCGCUUCUUAGAACUUCAACAAAGAGAUAAGAACCAACAGCUGCCCAUUUCAGAAAGACUUAGUGUAAAUGAUCAGAUGGAGGAGAAGACACUGGAUGAAGAGUUUGGGCCAUCCCCCAAUGCAUCAGAAAUUUCCCAAGAGUUGUCAGUAAGUCAUAUCCCAGCUACAACAUCACCAAUGUCUCUCUCUAAAGUUUCAGAGACUUCUGUGCAGCAUGAUAAGCCAGUUUUGCCCUCUACAUUAAUAAACCUAGAUGGUCAAGCAGUUGUGAAUGAGCGGCCUGAUGAUGCUCCAAAAGAUUAUUCUCCAUUAAUUAACAUAAAGGAGGAGAACACAGCUGUUGCAGUGAGUACUACACCCCCUGAGCCCAUGAUAAAGGAAGAUGUGUCUGUCAAAGAACCUAAUGAAAAGCUGGGUGAGUCCAAAAGAACUGUAAGCCCAAUUGUUGAACAAGAUAUUGAUGUCAAACCUCCUACUCCUGGUGCAUCUUUAAGUAAUGUUGAGCCAGAAUGUGAUCCUUUUCAGGCAUCUUCUCCAUCGUUUCCAAAGCCCAGUCAAGCUCAAGAGAUUGCUGAGCUUUCAGAAAUAAAAAUGGAACCUGCUAAUACUUAUCUUCACAAGGUUGCAUCCCCACUAGAUGUGGAGCUGCCAGACACAAAACCUGAGAUUGAACUGGUACAGACACCACGCAAACAACCUAAAAGUAAAAAGGUAAAAACUGUCUUACCAGCAUCAACACUGAUCUCUCAAGUUGCUAAUGAGAAACCAGCUACACGAAAGAGUGAACGCAUUGAUAGAGAAAAGCUAAAAAGAUCUUCAUCCCCCAGAGGAGACUCCACAAAACUGAUUGCUGACUCCAGAAACUCUACGAAAUCUCCUGUUCAUGCUACAGAUUCAGAGCAGGGCCAUGAAUCAAACACAAAUGCCAGAACACGACAGCGACGGAAUGUACGAUCUGUCUAUGCAACACCCCUUGAGGAUGAAGCUCCACAAUCAGGAAAAGAGAUUACAGAACCUCCCCGUGUCACCCGUAAGCGCUGUAGUGAUAAGGAGGCUGGAACACAGCAUAUGGUAACCACACUUGGUAGAAGAGGUCGUCCACCCAAGACUCGUAGAAGAGGUGAUGAAAUGUCUCCAGUUAAGGGAGAUCAUACCAAAAAUUCUGAGAGUGAAGACUCUGAAAAUAAAGAGUCAGCAUGUAGUGGAGAAAUAUCUAAAGCAGCAGAGGCAUGGCGCUCUCCACGAUCUCAAAAAGGGCAGACUUCGCCAAUAAGAGCAGGACAAAACAGAAAAACAUUGAAAUUGGACAAAGUGCCAGGUAGCCCAGAAUCCAUUCAGUCAGACAAAGCAGGGGUUGAUGCAUCACCUGCUCUCGAUCACCUAGCUGAAUCCAAAGAUGAAACUACAGUGCAAAUUGGACAGUUGUCACAAGAUACCAAACAGCAUAACAUAUCUAAAAAAGAAAAUGAAUUUGCACAUUCUGGUAAGGAAAAAACAACAGACGCCGACAUAGAAAUCACUUCUGUAGAAAAAACACAGCCAUUAGAGAAGAAAAUCAGGGCAUCAAGACCAACAAGAAACACCAAAACAAUGCCUGAAGAUAAGCCUGUCAACGUUAUUAAUCUCACUGUGGAUGCAGCUAAGAAUGCCCUUCAUUCAGGUGAGGACAACGCUGUAAGUUUAGAAGGGUCUUUGAAAACCAAAGUCCAACUGUUGGGGAAAGAAGAGUCAAACAUCCCAGUUUACCACAAAGAGGAAGUUGUGCACAGUACUGAUGAAAAGGAUGAGUCUCUUUCAGAAAUGGAGCCUCCUACUGAUCCCGUGGCUGCCUUGCUUGCCCGUCAAAUGGAACUGGAAAGAGCAGUGGAGAAUAUUUCAAAACUUACAGAUGACCAGCUUCCAGCACCUUACAAAGAACCUUGUACUGUACCACCAACUCAAACACCGCCUGUUAUAGUACAAACUGCAGAUGAAACCGAGGUAGAAAAGCCUGCCAAUCCAGCAAGUGAAACUGAACUGGCAGCUGCAAUUGAUUCCAUCACUGCCGAGGAUAUAUCUGGGGAUGCAGAUGGAUUUUCUGCUCCAACAACAUACACCGCCCUCCUUCCUACACCAGAGACACUUGCUCUGCCUGUAUCAGGUGAGGUUACUGAACCUGAGACAAACUCGACUGUAAAGACCAUUGUACAAUCUGAUCAAGAUAGCGUUAAAGUUCCAGAUUCAAAAUCUCAUCGAACUUGUAAAACAGACACUUCAUUCACAGAAUCUCCAUUAGCCGAGGUAGCCAAAAAAGGAGGAAGAGCACGGCCAAAAACUCCAAAGAAAUCCAGAGGUCGGAAGGUUUAUUUGAACAGAAAAUUAGACAUGGCUGAGGAUGCAGUGUUGGAACCUGAAUCCACUACAGUCAAACUUCCAGAGUCAAUCCCAGAAGAGAUUAAAACUGCCAACCCUAAGGCAGCCACAUCAGCAGCUGCAGCAGCUGUAGUCACUGUUGCUGCUGCAUGCAAACAUGAAGCUACAUCUACAGUGAUUUUGGACACACCAAAAGAGGCAGAACAGCCUGCUGUCGACCAGCCUGAACCUCAGGAAUCUGCCUUCCACUCUGGAAAUAACAGUCCUCCUUAUUCAAGGACACAGCAACCGUCUCCUGAGCCAGUAGCAUUUACCCUUACUUCACCUACAGCCUGCCUGAAUUCACCUGCUUCCUCUAAGAUUCCUCUCUCACCCCCUGAGUGGAACACAAGGACAGAGGAGAAAGGAAUUAUCUCUAGACCUCAAGUUAAUGUGUCUUUGUCUACACCAGGAGUUGGGGUACCUCCAGCAAAUCCUCCCAUGCCUCCUGACACAAAGGCCUCGGAUAUUGACCCAAGCUCCAGCACAUUGCGAAAGAUUCUAAUGGAACCGAAGUAUGUAUCUGCUUCAAAUAGCAAUGCAGUCCCAGGUAUGAAGUUCACAUCCACCCUAGCAGAUACACGGAUGUCUAAUAAUGAAAAUUCAGUUGAGGCUGUGCUGCCUUUAAAGACCUCUCUACCUGAAGAUAGACCUAGCCCUAUAACUCAGCUUGUACCUUGUACAGCACCCCCAAAACCACCUCUUCUGCAACAAUGUGGUACUCCGCAGAUCUUAAAGGAGAAACUGGCUAUAACUUCCACUGCUACUUCAGUCAUUAGUCGGAUCCCUAUGCCCUUUGAUUUCGAGGACACUCCUCGGAUCUCUUUAAGCAACCGUAGCUCUGGAAUGUCCAUACCCAAGCAGAGGUAUUGUACAGGUUUGAAUGAAAAUAGCAAGUAUCAUGGACUUAACCCCUCUGAGGAUGGCGGAAGUGUUGGGCGCCCUGUUGUUGAAAGCACACAUUGUAACACAGGGUCAAGUACUGGUUUGAGGGUCAAUACGUCGGAAGGUGUGGUAGUGUUGAGUUAUUCUGGACAAAAGACAGAGGGACCACAGCGGAUCAUUGCUAAAAUAAGUCAAAUCCCACCAGCCAGUGCAGUUGAUAUUGAGUUUCAGCAGUCUGUAACAAAAUCACAGAUAAAACAAGAACCACCAUCUCACCCAUCUACACCAAAAGGAUCACAGACACCUACGGGUUAUGGACAUGCAGGGGUAGUAUUAGCUGGCCAAACUUUUAGUGCUCAGCCUGUUAUUUCCUCGGUUAAUCAGGAAUGUCCUAGCGCUGAAAAAUCUGAACCAUCCUACCACACUGGUCAACAUGGAGGUUCUGUGAAAACCUUCCAACAGUCCACAAGCCAUCCUCAACUUCUGAGGUAUAGCCAGUCAAUUGCACAGCAGCAGCAUUUUAAGAAAAAUGGAGUAACUGAAACCAUUUCAAUGAAAACUGAUUUAAAACCAUCACAAAACUUCACUGUUAAACCAGUUUUAAGCCCACACCAUCCAUCUUUAGUAGGCAAUCACAUUUUAAGUUCAAGUGCUCCACAUGACAGAGUGGUCUCACAACCCAAGCAAGAUUCACAUUCUCCAAGGUCGUCAGGCCAUUCCACGUCACCCUUUCCAAAAAUUUGCCCUCCUAGUAGCUCAGUUGUUUUGGGUCCAGCUGGCCCUUUAUCUCAGUAUGUGUCAAAUAUACACCAUGCUGAGCAAUCCGUGAUAAUGCCCCCUCAUAGCGUCACCCAGUCUAUGCCCAUAGGUCAUUUGUCCCAAGGAGAUGUCAGAGCCAGUACGGGAUCGUUAUCUGGAAUAGGUUAUGGAAUCCGUUCAGAAAACCUCUUAUCGCCUCGAUCUGCACCUCCACAACGUUCCACUACUCCUCAACCUGCAGUGAUCAGAGAUGUUGUGCUGAAGUCACAUGCAGGUGUAUCUGGUGGUGGCCAGGUUGAGACAAGCAAUGAUGAUAUGCUGAAUCUCCCUCAAGGACUUCGUAGAGCUUCUGCACCACAGUUACAAUCGGAAAGCAUAGUAAUGCAGCCUGAAUUCAAAGGUCUGCAUCACAGGGCAUUGCGUCUAGAUCAAUAUGCCAGAGAUGUGCGUUUACUUGUGCACCAGCAUUUAACUGACCAUUCAGGUGUUGUAGAAAAUCGCCAAACACGAACACCAGAGGCAAUGCAGUCAUCUUCACACAUAUCAUCUACUUCUAAAGCUUCUCCUGUGGUAAAGAAUGCUCCACCAAAAGCAAUGGAGCUGAAGAUGACACCCUCCCCUCACUCAGACAGCAGGAUAAUAGGGCACACCCCUGGGUCUGUUAUGGUAUCUUCCCAAGGAGUUCAAUUGAUUCAUACUGGAAAUCCAAACUCCAUGUCUGAAUACUACAGAGAAAUGCGUGGCUUCCAUUCUCAGUAUCCAAGUCAUUCAGUAAUUGGAAUUAAUUUGGCUAAUCGUGGAAUUGCUGCAUCUCAGGUCUCACAAGUUGAUCAAUGUCAAAGGCAGAAGGUUCCCUCUGUCUCCUCCAUUGAGUCUGUGGGAAGUUUUGGUGAAUCAAAACUUGACGGUCCUCACAUUCGACACCCAAGCUCCGUGGAUUUGUCUCACAUAUCACGAGUUCAGAGUGAGACUGGCUCUCCCUCUUACACUUCUCCUGUGAAUAUAACACCCAAAUUGGAGAUGCCUAUCACUGUGCAGAAGGGACCUCAAGGACCUAUUUCUAACCAGUUGCCACGCCCAUCCUCAGCCUCUUCUCAGAUACGAUCAGAAUUUAAACUUGACCACACAGGACUUCGGUCCGUUGAUAUGGUGCAAUUGUUAACGAAAUACCCAAUUAUUUGGCAAGGUCACCUGGCACUUAAGAAUGACACCGCAGCAGUGCAGCUACACUUUGUGUCUGGUAACAAUGUUCUGGCUCACCGUUCACUGCCACCACCAGAAGGAGGUGCCUUUCUUCGCAUUGCCCAGAGAAUGCGUUUAGAGGUCUCACAACUUGAGGGAGUUGCAAGACGUAUGACUGCUGAAAAUGAAUACUGCCUUCUGUUGGCAUUGCCUUGUGGAUUGGACCAAGAGGAUGUCCACAACCAGACCCAUGCUCUUAAAACUGGUUUUAUCACUUACCUGCAAGCAAAACAAGCUGCUGGAAUUAUCAAUGUCCCGAACCCAGGCUCGAAUCAGCCAGCCUAUGUUGUCCAGAUUUUCCCUCCUUGUGAGUUUUCUGAGAGUCACUUGUCUCAUAUGGCUCCAGACCUUCUCAAUAGCAUCUCCAGCAUCUCUCCCCAUCUUAUGAUUGUCAUAGCUUCUGUAUGAGAGGGAGAUCCCAGCUUCCCACACCAACAUGCCAACACCAGCCUUUGAGAUUUGCCAGAUGUCCUUUUUUUUUUUUUUUUUUUUAACUCUGGAAAGCACCUCAAUGUCCUUUUUGGCCAUGUACUCACUCUCUUUUUGUUUUUUCACCAGCCUUUUAAUCCAUUGACUCAUUGCCACUUUCGUUUAACUGUGUAUCACCUUAAAGUACACAGGGAUAAAUGGAGCUAUCCACAACGAUCAAUUCUCUGAUCAUUUCCCUUUUCAUUUGGAUAUUUGUAUCUAUGGUUUUUAAAACACUGAAGAUAUUUGGGAUUAUUAGGACAUGGGAGUUAAGAAUUUUUUUAUUGAUUUUUUUUUUUUUUUUUUCCUAAGGAAUAAUCAGACCAAUCAUUGCACUAUGUUAAGAAAAUCAAAAAAAAAGAAAAAAAAAAAGAAAAACAAGUUUGUACAAAUUUGGUUAUUGAAAUUGUAAUUUUACUUUAUUACUUGGACAUGCUUCAUUCACCAGCCAUUUGUGGUAGAGAAAAAAAAUGUUAUCAAGUCAAAGUAGUUCAAUCGAAUUGCUUUGACACAUUUUAUAAAAAAAUAAAAAAUAAAAUAAAAAAUGAUAAUGUAAUAUAAAGCAGUUACUGUUCAAUCACAAGUAAAAAGGUUACUUCCAUGUUAUUUGUAGAAAUUGCUCUCAAUAUAGCCCUUGUUCUUUCCCAAAGGGAAAAUGUUGGAGCAUUGUAAGUUGUACAGUUUACACUUGAUGCCUCAAUUGGGGAUUGUAUGUAUACUUUUUUCGCUUUCCUAAUACUUGCAAAGUGAAUCAGGUGAAGGCCUGGUUGUAAAUAUGAUGUAUAUUUAAAGACUUUCAAAGCAGUCAUUAGACACUGCAUAUGACAAGCAUAACCAGAUUGACAACCUAUUGCCAUCAACCGUGAAAGUGAACUGUCAGUUACCACUUGAGUAUCAUUUCAUAUUUUUGUUUUGUUGAUGUUUUUGAAAUCAAUCCUGUGCCAUAAUUUUUAAUGGAGAAAGCUAAAUGAAUUGAGAUUUAUCUAGUUUUAUUUUGAUACUUGACUUUGUAUUUGUCGCUUGAUCUUUAAGGCCUGCUUUUACAUUGCCUUGUUUUAUGCUUUUUGUCCCCUACCUCUAUUUCUGUCUUUUUUUAUUGUCAUGUUGGUAACUAUUGGGGGAUCCUAAAUGAUGAUAUUGUCCGUAGGACCUCUAAAGUGUUAAAUUCUGUUUUCCACUGUUUCUUUCUUUCUUUUUUUUUUUUUUUACAUACCUCUGAAUGUCCAAUAAGAACAGUGCAAUGCAAGUGGUAAAUAUACUUUGUAAAGAGAGAGAGAGAGAGGAAAAAAAGAUGAAAAUAUGUACAAAUCUGUCAGGAGACAUGAUAGAGACUGGCUUUUUUGGUCUCCUUUCUUUAUUGCUGUUUCCUUGAGCCAAGCUGUAAAUAGUCAUUUUUACUUUGUGUUGCUUUAGUUUUCUUCUUUGUCUUUGUUUUUUUGUUUAAUGUCAGGGUCACUUUUGUUUUGUGAGACAAAACAAAACUGUAAAGAAAUCCGAUGCAGAAAGUAAACCAUGAGUCUUAGUUUUGCAGUUUCAUUGGGUUACUACAAAUCCGCUCGUGGCUAUUUUGAAGGCACUUACAUUUUUGAUAUACAACUUUAAAAUAUCAAAAUACCAAAAGAAAGAAAACAAAAACAUCUGAUCUUAAAAUUUUGUCUGAUUUAUUUUAUUUCAUCAUUUUGAGUGUAUUUUGCUGUUCCUCUAUGAGGACAUUUAAAGAUGUAAAAUAAAUUUUGUUUAACACAUCUGCAGAUCAUUAAAUGGUCAUUCACUCUG